AAAAAAAAAAAAAAAAAAAAAAAAAAGAGAGCCGGAGGGGAGCUGAUAAUCCCGCUUCAUCGUUAGCAGUCGGGUCGGUCUCCACGUUAUUAAAUAAAUCCUCUGGAAAACAGCACAAUGUCUGAAGAAAAGCCAAAGGAAGGAGUGAAGACGGAGAACGACCACAUCAACCUCAAGGUAGCUGGUCAGGAUGGCUCGGUCGUACAGUUCAAAAUCAAAAGGCAUACUCCGCUCAGCAAACUAAUGAAGGCGUACUGCGAAAGACAGGGAUUGUCAAUUCGUCAGAUAAGGUUUAGGUUUGACGGACAGCCAAUUAAUGAAACGGACACACCUGCACAGCUGGAGAUGGAGGACGAGGACACUAUUGAUGUAUUUCAACAACAGACAGGAGGAGUCUGUUCUUAAGCGGGAUGUGGACUCUUGGAAGAACAACCACACCAUUAUUUUCAUGUUGUAAUUGUUAAUUUCUUUAUUUGAUUCUUUUUUCUUUUCUUUUUUUUUCCCCCCCUCCUGUGCUUGGUUAAAUGUCAGGCUCAUCGCAACAUAAAAGAAUUGUACAGUUGUUUUAUGUUUGUUUGUUUUUUGUUUCAUUCUGGGCCAAAUCCAAACUUUGAGAUGCAGGGUAAUAUUUUUAAAAAGAAGAAACAUGUUUUAUUCACAAAAAUGGAUGAUUUUGAAAUUGUCCAAGGCAGGGACACAUCUCAGAUCAGAUAUGGCUCGUAAUGAAAACAAAAAAAAAAUGUUCUUUUGAUGUUGAGAUGACCUCCUACAUGUCUCAAACCAUAAGCUGAACUACAUGCCAAAAUUUUUUUUUUUUUUUUUUUUUUUCCUUUCUUGUUCAAGUUCUCUGGAUUGUUGCAGGUCAGGAUGGGUUCAACAAUUUUUAAUUCACGUACUUGAUGAUUGCUAUGAGGGGGACGCUGCUGGAAAGGAGCCUGUGGUUUCUCUGCAUAGUUGGGAAAGAUGCUAUGACAUAUUGUGUAACUUUUAGUAGUGCUUGUUUUGUUUUGUUUUGUUUUGUUUUUAUCUGAAAAGUUAAAUAAUUUGUAUCCAUGCCCAUUUUACCUUCAACAUUUGCUAAGGAGAGAAAAAAAUGCUUGUGCCGAGAUCCAUAUGGAUGGUUUACCUCAAUACUGUCACCCUCAACACAGAUUUAACUGAAUGGUAAAUAAAGUACAGUAAUGUUUCUGGACCAAAAAGCUAAAUGAAUAGUGUUCUUUUAUAAAAAGGGUUAAUACUGUCGACGUGAAGGGUUACUCUGACUGUAACAGUGUUUGUUGUUGCACAGCAGGAGAACACUUCUCGAUGUUUUAAUUUUUGUCUUUUCCUUUCCACAUUUUCAGGACUUGAGAAUAAAAAUAAUUCACAUUAACCAGUCAAGACAUUGAGUGAUCUCAUCUAAGCUUAUAUAUAUAUAUAUUUCAAUAAGUGUAUAUAUAUUUCAGUGUAUAAACAAAUAGUCAAUGCUGUGCUGCCAAUUUGAAUAAGUUUGUACAUCAAUCUAUCCAAACGAUAUUGACACUUAGUUUGUUUUGACUCUCGUGUGUUGGUAGAAAUCUUGUUUUCUAAGAAUGUCCGCCUUUGUUUUAAGUAACAUUUGUUAGAUUUGCAAGGUGGCAUUGGCAGAUAUUCCACUUUUUUUAUUUUUUAUUUGUACAUUAUUUGUUGUCCCGAUACUGUAUACAAUAAAUAUAGUUUGAUACUCAG